AUGCAACUUAUUCAGCAUGAAUUGGACUUAAUACGGGCAGAGUGGAAUACACAUUAUAUAAGGAGGCAGACACGGGAAGGAACACCUUGUGGAAAGCCAGACAUUUUAUAUUUGUAUUCAGAAUUAUAUGGAACUUAUGACUACAAAUUCCCAGUUGAUGAGGCAGACUGCGAGUGCCUGGGUGAGAACUGCGACGUUCCAUAUAGCACUGGAAUAGACGAAGAACUAGAAGGAAGAUUUCUUCGAAUGAUGGAACUGGAUGGAAUGCGUAUGCCGGAUACAUCAGCUGAAGCCAUCGACUUGCUUACCUGGCUAAUAAGGAAACUUGACUAACUGCUUGACCGGAAAUGACAUUCCAUUAAAGGCAUUCGUUCUAAAGAUUUACUGAGAGUGGGGCAGUUUCGUCGAUCUUGUCCCUUACUUAAAAGUAAAAAUAAAGAUGUUGAUUUGUUAUAAAGUUUUAUAAAUUCAAUUCAAUUCCUUGUGAUUCAUGAAGUAUAAAGUCUCAACUUCCAUGUUCUUUUUUAUACGACAAUUGACAUGUUCUCUCUAAGAAAUCGUUGGAAAUAGUGAAAGUUGAA